AUGGUUCAAUGUUGGGUUCCGCUGUGUUCUCACAUUUCCAACCGAGAAACUUGCAAAUUUUUUAGAUUUCCAGCUAAUUAUAUUGAAUGUAAAGUCUGGGCUAAAUCAGUGAGAAGAGCAGAUACAUAUCCCACAAAAAAUAACAAAAUAUGUAGUUGCCAUUUUAAAGAUGGUUUAAGAGAAAAUGGACCUACUCAAUUUGAAUGGAAUAAAAACUCAUCCUUUUCAUUUACAUCUCCUGAAAAACAUACCAAGCGUAAGAAGGUAGACAGUGCAUCAUGUUCACAGGAAAACGAAAGUUCAAUUAUUAUUGAAAAUAGUACAACAACUGAAACUUAUGUUUUAACACCUACAAAUAGUAAAAGUGAUGAAGUUGAAAAGUAUUUUCUUCAUAAAGAAAUUGAAGAAUUAAAAAAAGAAAAAUUGUUUCUUAAAAAUAACCCUUUUGGUUACCACUCUAUUGAAUCUGAUAACAAAUUAUUUGAGUUUUACUGUGGGAUUAGUAAAUCUAUGUUUGACAUAGUUGUUGAUUUAUGUUCAAAAGUUUCUUUUAAAUAUUAUUAUGAUUGGAAUGUUGAAAAAUUUUGUUUAAAAGACCAAAUCCUUAUGACUCUUAUAAAACUAAGAUUGAAUUUAGCUUAUCCAGACUUAGCAUUUAGAUUUAAGACUAGUGAAUCCACAGUAGGUAAUAUUAUAUUAACAUUAAUAAGUGUUCUUCAUGAAAUUUUAUUUAUUAACUUAAUGAAUACAGUACCUUCACAGAAUAAGAACCAAAAUUGCUUGCCAGAAUGUUUCAAUAAUUUUCAAAAUUGUAGAAUAACAUUAGAUUGUACUGAAAUUGCAUGCGAUAUUCCUAAAUCCCUUUUGGAUCAAAAGCUCACAUAUAGUUCUUAUAAGAAUAAAAAUACAUUGAAAGGGCUUAUUGGAGUGGCUCCUAAUGGUGUUAUUACUUAUGCUAGUAAAUUGUAUCCUGGAUCCACUUCUGAUAAAAAAAUUGUAGGCCACUGUGGAGUAUUAAAUAUAUUACAACCAGGUGAUUUAGUGUUAGCUGAUAAAGGCUUCCUAAUUUCAGACUUAAUGCCUCCAGAAACUUCCUUAAACAUUCCCCCUUUUCUUAUGUCUCCGCAAUUCACUCCAAGUGAAGUUCUGAAAACAAAGAGCAUAGCUAGAGCCAGAAUUCAUGUUGAAAGGGUGAUGGUUAGGCUGAAGAAGUUUAAGAUUUUAACACACAUACCAAAAGCACUUUAUACAAAGUCAUCAUUAGUAUUUCAACUAUGUGCUGCAUUAGUAAAUUUCCAAAAUCCAAUAAUAAAAGAAGUUGAGCAUCUGUUUGUAAAUUAUGACAAGACAUAA